GGAAGGAAGUGAUCGUCGCUUUCAGUCAGGCUCUUCUUCUUGCGGUGGAAGCCCUUCCGCUUGCCUUGCCGCCCGCAGCACCGACGGGGCCAGGCACCCAGCAGCAGGGAGGCGGGACCGCUCUCUCGGUCCCGACUGCUGUGCUGACCAUCGAGGGCUCGGCUUCGCCAAGGCUCGCUCUGGCAUGGCGGCGGCCCCAGCCCCAGAAAAACACUCUGGUGAAUAUGAUGUGCUGAUUAUGUAUGGAAAAGAUGCUGGUGAAUGGUGUGAGUAUCUUCAGAGCCUCUUCCAGUUGUACAGAGAAGUCCAGAGCUACCAAGUGCAGAAUGGAACUGCUAUUACUUCUGAGGAACUGGACCUCUUUAAGAACAGCAGAUGCAUCAUUGUAGUGUUAUCCUCUGAGCUAGUGCAGAACUUCUAUAUCCCUGCUGUCCUUCAGAGCCUACAAGAUGUUCUCCAGCCACCACAUAAAGUGGUGAAACUGUUCUGUGGCUUGGAAGAAUGUGGGAAUUACCAAGAAUACUUCAAAGACUGGCCCCAGUGGAAACAGCUUACACAUGAUGAUGACCCUGAAGUCUAUGUAGCAGCUGUCAUGAAGGCUCUUUCAGAAGGAGACUCUGGUUGUGAUUCAGUGACGGAUGCAGAAGUGGAGGAUGACGGAGACCUACACGGCCUGUGCAACCGUGCAAUAAGUCAGCAGCAUGGGAUGUCGGUGACGAGACUGCGGAAUCUAAUUGCAGUGCAGCCGGAUCGCAUACGGUGUGGGGUGCAGACAACAGUUUACAUCCUGCUAAAAUGUAAGCUGGAUAGCCAAGUAAAAAUGGAAGUGGAAUUUUCUUCUGAGAGCUGUCAGUCGAUGCGAGUCCCAGCUAGAAUGGAGAAUGAGUAUAUAGUCUCAGUUUGCACACCUGACUUAUCACCUGGAACUGUAUGUUUACGAUUGUUUUCUGGAGAUUUAAUGAUAGUUGAAGCAAGUAUCAGCUAUUACACCGACAUGGAAGAAAUUGGCAACUUGCUGGCUUCUGCAGCAAACCCCGUGGAAUUCAUGUGUCAGGCAUUUAAAAUAGUACCUUACAACAUAGACACUCUCGACAAAAUUCUGACAGAGUCAUUGAAGAAGAACCUUCCUGCAAGUGGUUUGCAUCUCUUAGGGAUCAACCAGCUAGAAGAAGAAGACAUUACAACAAGCCAGAGGGAUGAAGAGCUGCCAACUCUGCUGCACUUUGCUGCAAAAUAUGGGCUGAAGAACCUCACAGCCCUGUUGCUUACAUGUCCAGGAGCCCUGCAAGCUUACAGUGUUGCCAAUAAGUUAGGACACUAUCCCAACAACAUUGCAGAGAUACACGGCUUCAAAGAUCUCCGACAGUUUAUUGAUGAAUAUGUGGAGACUGCUGACAUGCUGAAAAGUCACAUCAAGGAGGAGCUGAUGCAGGGUGAAGAUGAUGGCUCUGCUUAUGAGUCCAUGGCACACCUUUCCACUGACCUGUUGAUGAAAUGUUCUCUGAACCCUGGCUGUGAUGACGAGCUCUACGAAUCCAUGGUUGGCUUGGUUCCCAGUGCCGCAGAUGACUUGUAUGUUGAAAUGCUUCAGCCAGAUGCUAGCAAUCCCUUGCAAUCACGAACAACAAAGGACUACAUGAUGCGCAAAUUUUUAGAAGGUUUUAGUGUGAUUGUGCCGGAAACUAAAGAGGAUAUAUACCAUCAGUGUGAAGAUGAAGAAGUCUACCACAUUGUGGAGCAGGAUACCUUCCCUCAGGAAAUGGCUAACAGACCUCCUGUUCCUGUUCCAAGACCUGAGCCCUCUUCUAGACAACAGGACAAAGAAUCAUACAUUCAUAAAGUAUUUUCAGGAAAAGAGCAAGAAAGACCUGGAAAUCUCUAUGUGUCUGCAAGAAACAUUAAAAAAGAGACAGCAGUCACAACUUUGAAGGCUCGGUCUGAAACCAGUAUAUAUGACCCAUUUGUGGGGAUGAAAACCCCAGGCCAAAGGCAGCUGAUCACUUUACAGGAGCAAGUGAAGAUGGGGGUGCUCACGGUAGAUGAAGCUGUCCUGUGCUUCAAGGAAUGGCAACUUAAUCAGAAAAAGCGAUCAGAAUCGUUUCGCUUUCAGCAGGAAAAUCUGAAAAGAUUGCGUGAUAGCAUCACUCGACGACAAAUUGAGAAGCAAAAGACAGGCAAAAAUCCAGACUUGGAAAUCUCUGUGCCUACUGGACAUUUCCAGAAUGUUCCCAAGAAACCAGAAUGCAGUGUGUAUGAAUCUAGCCCCCGGAAAAAUUUCUUCCCAGCAAGUAAAGAGAUAAAGCGAGGGGACUGGAAAUCGGAAAGCACAUCAAGCACUGCAAGUAGUUCAAGUAACCGAUCCAGUACACGAAGUAUACUGAGCAUCAGCAGUGGGAUGGAUGGAGACAAUGAGGAUAAUGAGAUGCCAGAAGUGAGAAGAAAUGUCAGCCCCAUGAUCCAGCAAGUGGACAAGCAACCCUUCCCACCACCCGAAAGGCCUCCAAGAAUACCUCCUCGAGUUGCUAGCAGGCCACUGAGUAAUGACAACUUCCAUCCUCCACCUGUACCCCCAAGAGGUCGUGAAAUGCCGCGCUAAAUCUUUGGGAUAGUGAAUAUUUUAAAUAAGGAAAUUCAUGGUUUUUAUUGACUUUUCAAUAGUAAAGAUGUAAGUAUGUUCAGCACAAAAUUCCUUCCCCUUUCCACUACUCUUCUCAAAUGAAUCCUGUUGGCACAGAAGGUUAUUGUAAAACCAAAGACUUAAAGGACACCAAGUUAGUCCUCUAGCAGUAGUGACUUUUUAAAUGAUUACAGCAGGAGAAACAACACAUUGAGCUUCCUUGGAAAUGGCCAAUGUGUCAAUUUUCAUCACACCAGACUCAGGAUAGUUGGACAAUCAUCUCAACAAUCCCUCGACAUCAAAAUGGAGGAUCUACAAGCAGAACUUCUUUUGUGUUAAUCUGCAUACACAAUGCUCAGUGCUACUUCAUUGUACUGCAUGCAUGCAGAAAUGUACACUGUACUUCAGUUAGGCAGAUUCAGGAUUCCAUGGUCCUUGCAGCAGCUAGACUGUACUACACCAGACAUACAGACAUCAGCCUAUAUGUUUACUGAUUUUAUUAUGGUUUUGUACUUCAGACUACCAAGUUGAUGCCUAAGGUUGUUCUUUAAAUAAAAAUGAAAUAUAGAAACAUUGACCAGUGUUUCCUACUUUAAAUUUGGUAUCUUAAAACACAGGGACGAAUUUCCAUGUAACAGUGCUUGCCUUGCCUAUGUACUGCUUCUCUGGCAAUGCUCACAACCCACCCAGAAAACUGAAUGUAAACCAGAUUCUGUAUAAUGUAUGAUUAUCGCAUGUUUUCAGUACAAGUAUGUAACAAACAUAACUUUUGAAGAAUUCCUGUUUGCAGGGAGCGUGUGUGUCCUGUCCUGUACCCCAGAGCCCUUCGGGUCUGAUGGUUGACAAAAGCAGUCAAGCAAGGCAGCAGAGCACAGUUCAGGCUACAAUGCAAGAUUCAGGCAGCAUCAUGGACAGAGCCAUGGAAUAUGUUGACCCAACAGCAGCAAAGGCAGACUGAGCCCUGAUAUACCCCUGAGUCCAAUCUGCCCCUACUGGGCUCUGUCUCCCUACUGAGAGAGUAACCUACUUCAAGGGGCUUAAAGCCUGACACUCCUUUCUAAUUGAUAUUGCCUCUGCUGCUGGUGCUGAUGCACUAAUAUUGGAGAGGGUGAUGGAGGAGGAGGGGCUGGCUCCCCAGGGUCUCAAGCUCCGAGGUACCUCUGGUAUCGUCACAAGGGGCCCCAUUUCUGGGGCUUCCCCUAGCUUCAGUCUGGUGUUGGGACUUGAGGCCAGAUCUGGUUCUUGUCCCUCCUCAGGAUUAACCUCCCUCCUGGGACUCCCACAGGGGCUUCUGGGCCAUUGCUGGGGCCAGGGCUGAGUCUUGUGAAGGUCCUGUCUCCUUAGGCCACAUUCUGGGAUUUCCAUAUGCUUUGGAUAUCAGGGCCCGGAUUUGUCCAGAGAUGGCUCUGCCUCUUCCUGGUCAGACUCCGUUUCACUAGUGAGGGUGAGGCUUGUGACAAUAUGGUGGCAAAGAGAAAGUAGAGAGACAGUAAGUUUUAAGGCCUAUAUUCCUAAACUGUCAGUGGGACCUCUUGGGGAAGCAUAUGACAGCUGGAAAGAGUCCUGAAGUUAAAGUGGGAGAAGUGGAUCAUGCACCAAACAUCUUUCCUCCCUACCCUGUGCCCAUAUCAGAUAAUAUAUCUUCCAGAGUCUGUUCUGACAACAAAUGCCUAAACUCAAGUUGAAAAGAAACCUGUGUCUGGUACAUCCUUCUCUAUCAAAUUUGCUUGAGAACAAUCUACAUGGAAAAGGGAAGUAUGACUUUGGCAUAGAGGUAUUCCCUUUAGGGAUGGGGCCAUAUUUCUGGUCGAGUGUCCCAGGUUCAAUCCCUGGCAGCAUCUCCAGAUAGGGCUGAGAAAGACUCCUGCCUGAAACCUUGGAGAGCUGCUGCCAGUCAGUGUAGACAAUACUGAGCUAGAUGGACUAGUGGUCUGAUUUGGUGUAAGGUAGCUUUUUAUGUUCCUAAGUUGCAUGUCUCCUGGCAGAGGACUCCCAUUUUGUUGGAGUGACUGUAUAACUGCCAUCUUACACUGACCUAGAAAAGGAGCUCAAAGAGCUACUGCCUUUUUCUAAUUAUUUUCAAAAAGCAUCAGAAUUGUCCUUUUCCUCUCAGGAAUAGGUCAGGGUUGCAUUAAUAUCCCAGUUCCUUCGAUACAGGCUUAGAUACACAGCAAAGAUUGUCAGAUGCAGUAGUGGGCCAUAUCCUUAUGAUUGCAUGAAGAUUGCCAUGUACUUAACCAAACGCAUAGCCAAUGGCGAAAUGAGGGGCCAGAAAGAGUGAGUUUUGGAGGGAGGCUUGAAUUCAGGAUGUUUGAGGACCUUUCAGUUUCACAGCUGUUUAGGAAUGCCCCAUCCUAACGAGUGGGGGUGGGGUGCUGAAGGGGACACAGCUGCAUCUGGUUCCUGGCAACUCAGUUGCUCCUCCCUCUCAUUCCGCCUGGGGUUGCCAUCUGUCCCACAUUUCUGGGGAUAAAUUAUUGUCCUGUGUGGGACACAAUUUCUCCCACAUCUUUACCAUUUUUGUUUUUAAUUUAAACUUUUUGGGCGUGCACAGCGGGGAUGGCAACGAGAGCUUGGCAGUGGCACCCACCUGUCAAAACCAUGGCAGGCAGCAGGUGGGCGCGACGGGCAGCGGUGGGCUGCAGGUGGCUGAGCGAGCUGGGAGCAGCUGAGCAGGGCAGGCAGAGGCAGACAGACUCACUCAGUGACAAAAGAGCUCCUCCCUCAUUCCAGCCUUCCUUCCAAAUGAGGCAGAGCAGCCUCGGUGUACACAUGCGCAUGUGCAGAGGCCGCCUGAAGUCGGCUCUUGUCAUUGGGAGGAAGGCGGGGCCCAGGGAGGAGCUUCCUCAUCGCUGUCCAAGUGAGUCUGUGCCUGUGCCUGCCCUGCUCAGCUGCCUGCCGCCCGCAGCCGACUCCGAUCCACCCGCUGCCUGCCAUGGUUUUGACAGGUGGGCGCACGCAGACUGAAGGUACUAAAAGAAACCAGACCCCACUCUUGACUCCCUUCCCCCACCCGAUUUGUGUCCUGAUUUUGGCCAACUCAGUGUUGGCAACUCGAAUUCCGCCCCACCCUGGAGUAAAUGAGAUCAGUGCUGCUUGCAGGCUGGCUAUUCAUCAGGUAGAGCUGUGCCAAUGAUUAACCAGCCCACACAGUUCUAUCUGAUUAAUGGCAAGCCUGCCAGCAGUGCAGCUCUUGUUAACUGCAGGGUGGGGCAGAAUGAGAGAGAGAAGAGCAAUGGAGCUGCCAGGAACCUGAAGCAGGUGUGUCAUGUUUCACUCCCCCCGCCCCACCCUUGGACAUUCGGACUAGCCGCUGCUGCAGCUGCUGAGGAACUAAGAUAAAAGAGGGAUUGGUCAUUGGUGCCAACCAAUCCAGGGCACAAGAACUCUGCCUUAUACCUGCUGGAUGAGUUAUGGUCUCCACUUGCAUUGUUUCAAAUUUAUUUAAGAUUAGAGACUUUUCCUGCAGAAAUUAUAGUUAUGUUUCAGAUACUGUUUGGAGCAGAAUUCUAUUGUCUAUGGACCAAUUUUGUUAUAAUAAAAGAAUUGCUGUAAAAACU